UCCAAAACCAAUGAGAAGUGCCCUUAAAAUAUCACCACCACCACCUUUGAUGUAUAAUUAACCACGUGGCGAUCCACCAAAACCUAAGCAACAUUGCCGGCCCCUCUUGGUCCUAACGUAAAGAUAAUAAAAUAUAAAUACCUAAACUAAGGGAGCAUUCUUUUUACACAUGAAUUUGUACUCAUCGUUACAUUUGCUUAAAUUAAAGGUCAUAAUUAUUUAUCAAAAAUACUUGUCAAAUUCAUGUGUAGAAAGAACCUUUCCCCCGAAACAAUACAUACAAAUAAAUAAAUAUCAUUAUACAGGAAUAUUUACAAUAGGAAUAUAAAUCAUAAGUUGGUUGGGUAAAGGGAAUCGAGGGGCGGCUGGCUGGCUUGAAGUAGACCUAUUUUACCAUGCUUCGAGGUGGGCGGGGUGGAGGAGGGGGGCUUACUUGUUAGAAAGAGACCUUUGGUUGCUUCACCUCCUAUCUUCCUGUUCCGCAGAAAUAUUUCCACGCAUACAAACUGAUUAUCUACAGAGAAGAAAAGAUAGAGAGAGAGAGAGAGAGAGAGAGAGAAUGGGGAAUUGUCAAGCUGUUGAUGCUGCAGCACUUGUGAUACAACAUCCAAAUGGCCAACAGGAGAGAAUGUACUGGCCGGUGUCAGCAAGCGAGGUGAUGAAAAUGAACCCAGGACAUUACGUUUCUCUCAUAAUACCUUUGCCAGUCGACGGAGAAAGAAAUUCGGAUGACAAGACGGUGCGCUUUACGCGUGUUAAGCUUCUCCGGCCAACUGACACAUUAGUUCUCGGCCGAGCUUAUCGACUGGUCACAACACAAGAGGUUACGAAAGUGUUGAGAGCAAAGAAACACGCGAAAAUGAAGACAAAACGGCCGGAUUCAGCAGAACAAACUCCAGUGGCAGAAAUGCAGAAUCGUAUCUGCGAAUCCGAAACUGGAAUAUCUGCAGGGGAGAAGAAUGAUGAGCCUGUGAGACACGACAGUCAUCGGCAAAGGUCAGGAUCAACGAAUUUAACUGCUAUACGAUCUAAAACGUGGCGACCAUCUCUGCAAAGCAUUUCUGAAUCUGGAAGCUGAUGGAGGUAGCAGCUUGAUCAUUAAAUGAGCAGUGUUUAGUGAUAAUGUUUCUGUAUAGCUAAAAGAAGAGAAAUAUUAAGAUCAAAAGUUCAAUCUUGAAAAUUACAGUAUUUCAAAACGAAAUUGCAAGAUGCUACCAAAUGUACCUUCAGUUCUUGAAGAUUAAGUGGUUAGUAUUUGCGUAAAUUUUAAAUUCGAAAUCUUCCAACCCCGAUGAACAUAAUUUUGAGCCCAUACUAACGAAGUUUGAAAAUCCACAUGAAUUUCUCUUAUUCUUCUUCUUCUUUUUCUCCUGAACUGCAAACAUCAUAUUUGUUCAAGGAACUAUCAAUAAAGUUCUGGAUCUUCCAGAUUGUGAUGGCAUAUUCAGUAGGGAGGAUUAGACAGUAUUAAAGAACAAAAGUUAAGUUAUAUUUUUGUUUAUUAUCCUGUCUCCAUUUCUCCUGUAUUGUAAACAGAACAAUGCACCGAGUGUAAAAUUUGCUGAA